AUGGAUGAAACAAAAGUAUUAAUAGAACUUUCAAAAGACGAUCCAGAGUUCAAAAAGUCGAAACAAUUGGCAAAAGACAUCUGCCAAAAAAUACAAAUAUUCCUGCAGGAAUAUACACUUUCGUUGAUUUUUUGGACUGGAUUAGAUGAGAUCUCUGCUCAAGAGGCAAUCUAUGUACUGACUGGUUUACCGCUGUCACGAGCUAGUGAAGCUGCAAUGUACAUAAACACUAGUUUGCCACAAAAGCGAGUGCAUAUUUUAAAAAGUUACCUUGAAUUGCAAAGCCUCGAACCUGAUUCUUCCGAUAUAUUCCAAAAGGGUAUUAUUGAUUAUUAUUCAAAACGACCACUAUCGUUAGAAAACAUAAGUCUUUCCCAUUUUGUAGCAUAUUACACCUAUUCCAAAAAAACUCAUUCAGCUAGUUCAAUAGAAACUCUCAAUGACAGUUCUCAAGCAAUUGAUUAUUCCCAGGCUGUUGAAGAAGUUGAAGCGGAAGGGAAUUGGAUUCCUUUGCAAGAUAAUUUAGGAUACAUACGGAAAAGAACUAAAACUCGAGUAAUACGAUUUCGCCGGUACAGUUACAUUGAUGAUCCAGACAAUUUCUAUAGGGAACAGAUAAUGCUAUACAUCCCUUGGCAAACCGAGGAGGAAGAAUUACUAAAUCCCAACAUAAAUAUAAAGGACAUAUUUGAUGAGUAUAAAGAAAGAAUAAAGGCCGAAAGUAAACAAUUCAAUAAACUAGGUGAUGCUGAAAUGUUUGAAACAUUGCUAACAGAAAUAAGAAAUGUAGAAUUAAUAAACGAAGAAGAAGAUUUGCAAGGAAGAGGAGUCAACGUGGAUGUAUUUGAAGGCUUUGAAUUUGAGACGCAAACAGUAGAUAUAGCAGAAGACCUCAUUCCAGCCGGAAAUCUCGGGCCGCAAUUGUGUGGUGACCCCUCAACUUUCAUUGCGCAACCGCCUCUCUUGUCCCAUGACGAUUUUUUGAUUCUAACUAGAAAACUAAAUGAUGCUCAAAGAGACACAGAAGCUGGUAGUAAUCCCGAUGAAUUAAAAAUACUUUUAACAGCCUUUACCGGUAAAGCUGCAUUCGGAAUAGGACGGAAAACAAUCCAUAGCGCAAUUGGACUUCCAGUGUCUCAAGUGGGCAAUAUCUUACCAGAGCUGUCGCCAGCAGAAAUAGCAGGUACGCCGCUUUGGGAUUUAUUUGUACUGAGAGAACUUAAAGAAAUAAUGCGUCAAAGGGAUGAUGUUGCCUUUGCAACGGCUUUAAAUAAUAUGGCUAGUGGAUGUAUGUCACCUGAAGAUGUCAAUUUAAUUGAAGGUCAGUGCUUUAGUAACUCAUCACUUCCAGACACGUGUAAAGGCGCAGUUCAUCUAUUCAGCAGUAACCGAGAAGUUGAUGAUCAUAAUUCUAAAAUACUCUCAAAUAUGACUACCGAAGGAGUGAUAUCCCGGGCUGUGGAUACAGUAAGUGGCGAAGCUAAUCCUGCUAUGAAAGAAAAAGCUCUAAACACAGUUGCCAAGUUACCUACGUCUCAAACCUACGGAUUACCUAAUGCUAUAACUUUAAAAGUCACGGCUAAAUAUAUAUAUGACAGUAAAUAUUAA